UCCGUGCUGGCGGGGUGAGCCGCCAGCUCCCUCCCCGGGCACGCCGCGGGCACACAGGAGGAGUGCCCGGGACCCCGAUGCCGCUUCUCCCCUGGGACCCCCGGCACGGUGGAGGCUUCGGUGGCUCUGGGCUGGGGUGCGGGGGCAGCUGGCAAUGGCCCUUGUGGGGGACACCGCGGUGGGCAGUGGGACCCUGCUCCCUGGCACGGGGGGAGCACGGCACCUGCUGCAGUCCACCCCUGAAGAGGAUGAGGUGCUGUACGUGGACUACAAGCCCCCAGCCCUGGACAGCAUCCGGCUGCCCCGCUACGUCCUCUACCUGGUGAUGGCGGCUGUCCUGGUGCUGGUGGUGGCAUACGCCAUCGUGGGGCACCUCAUCAAGGAUCUGGUACACGACUUCGCCGACUGGGCUUUCGGGCCCAAGCCCGAGGAGGAGAAGGAAGCGAUGGCUGAGGGGAACGUCCUGGACGUGGAGUGGCCGGAGGAGGACGAGGCCGUGGCGGCGGAGGAGCAGGAGGGCAGAGGCACCGGAGCGCUGCCAGGCGUGGAAAUCCCCCCGGCGCUGCCCUCCGCCACCCCACGUAACUCCAUCUCCUUCGCGGACUCCCGCAAGAAGAGGUUCUUGUAGGGCUCGGGGACGCCCCGCGCGCGCUGGGACCCGCGUGGCCCCGGCGUCCU